AUGUCAUUUCAGGUGGCAAUCAAGAUCCUGUCACUUGAGGAGGGGAUGUCCGAGGAGCUGGCAGCCAAUGAAAUCCUGGCCAUGAGGGACAACAGGAGUCCCAAUAUCGUUAUCUAUUCAGACAGCUACCUGGUGGAUGCGGAGCUCUGGCUGGCCAUGGAGUUCAUGGACAGUGGUACCUUGUUUGAUGUGCUCAGGGCAGUGUACCUGGAGGAAGGACAGAUAGGCGCUGUCUGUCGGGAGUGCCUGCAAGGACUGCAUUUCUUUCAUUCCCGCCAAGUCAUCCACAGAGACAUCAAAAGCAACAACGUCCUUGUGGACAUGGAUGGAUCUGUCAAGUUGGGUGACUUUGGCCUCUGUGCUCAGCUCAGCCCUGAGCGCAGCAAGCGCAGCUCCAGCAUCGGCACUCCCAGCUGGAUGGCACCGGAGGUGGUGAGAGGAGAAGCCUACGGCCCCAAAGUGUACAUGUGGUCCCUGGGGAUCAUAGGGCUGGAAAUGGUGGAAGGGGAAGCUCCUUACGAGGGGGAAGCCCAUCUCAGGGUUUAUGAACUGAUAGAAAGGAAUGGGCCCCCAAAACUGCAGAAGCCCAGGCACCACUCAGCUCUCCUGCACGACUUCCUCCGCUGCUGCCUGCAGGCAGACGAGGACAGGCGCUGCUCUGCCCAGGAACUCCUGCAGCAUCCCUUUGUGACCUCAGGCCAUGCUGCCUCCAGCUUGGCUGCUCUGAUCAUCUCAGCCGAGCAAGGGCAGGAAGACUGGAGAGGAGACACCUGA